CAACACGAAUGAGAGGGACAGAGCGACAGCUGGGCCGGCUAGUUGGGAAAUAGAAUACAAAACAGUACUCGUAAAUGGAGAAUAGAAAGUGAAGAGUGCCACGACAAGGGAGAGAUUCCAGCAUGGGCAGUCGCAGCCCUUGCACACGUACACAUGUAUGCAGUUUUGUCGCCGUUUGCGUGUGUGUGUGUGUGUACCUUCUGCGCUCCAGGUAGCUUACUGUAGUUGGAAUCCAUUGUUUAUUAAAAACCUACCCCGAAAGUGCCUGCAGUCUGCUUUUUGCGUAGCGUUCUCUAACAUUCUGCCGCCAAUUUCCCGAAUUGUGUGGCUCAUUUGACGCAGAUCCGGCAAGGAGAUCACUAGAAUACGAUCAGCAACAGCCAUGGAUUCCAGCGAAUACAAACGCAUCGUGAGCGCCAAUGGGUCCCACUUUGUCAGUGUGCGCGAUGGGACAAAGUAUCAGGGACAGCCGGAGCCAAUGCUGCUGAAUGCCUGGUCGCAGACCACCGGCGACGACUUUGAGGUGCUGCGCAGCGUUAACAUCGACUCCAAUAUGGAUGCCGAGAACCGCGUGCUGCGCGAAAAGGUGCGCUAUCUGGAGAGCAAGCUGAAGGAGCACACGGAUCUGCUGUCACAGAUCCAUGCCACAUCGGCGCGCAUGCAACAGACGCUGGGUGGAACGGAUGCUGCGUCCCCAACGCCGCCCGUCUAUCAAUCCCAUCAGGUCCUAACGCCGCCCAGCUCUGUGAUCUGCGCACCCGUUAAGAGCACCCAGCAGCAGCGGGCCGAGGUGCUGGACUACAAGAUCAUUUCAGCAUCGGACGACGCCGACGCCAUUGAGAUUCGACUGGCAGCCGAAAGUCUGAACAGCCUGAGCACCUCGUCCGACUCUGAUCGCCUGGAAAUGUGUAUUGGAACGGACAACCAGCAACCGCCCCAAAUACUGAACAGAGACAUAAAGCGGGAAUUAUCCAGACAGCAGGAGUCUGUGCCCUUGCAGUUCAUCAAGCGGCGGAAGCUGCAGGAGAUCCAGUUACAGGAGUCACCGUCUCCAAAGACAAAAGGCAAGCUGCCCGCCAAGCAGAAGCUCAGAACCAGCGACACCGGCAAUGAAAAUGUGAUGAUCUCCCUCGGGCCGAACAACACCUGUGUGCCGGCCAGCGUGUUUGAGAACAUCAACUGGGCGGCCUGCUCCCUGGCCACCCGGAAGCUGCUCGUCACAAUCUUCGACCGCGAGACCUUGGCCACCCACUCCAUGACGGGGAAGCCCUCGCCCGCCUUCAAGGACCAGCCGAAGCCACUGAAGCAAAUGCUCGAUCCCGCCAAGAUCCAAGACAUUAUCUUUGCCGUCACCCGCAAAUGCAAUGCCAGCGAGAAGGAGGUCCGCAAUGCCAUCACCACAAAGUGCGCGGACGAGAACAAAAUGCUGAAGAUCCAGAACGGAAAGCGUCGAAGUAGCGGUGUCAACGGCAAGGAGAAUAUGGUUUAGUUUAGGCCAAGACGAAGAAUAUUUACACAAAUUAACCCCCCAUAUAUUAUGUUUAUUAAUUAUUUGAUUAUACAGACUACUACUAUAUAAGACAUGUAGGCUAUUUCACAGAUCUCGAAGAUAAUAUUCCAAUCUGAACCAAA